AUGAUAGCGGAUUGCCACAAUUUUAAUGAACUUAAAGGCUAUUUUAAGUUUACAAAAUUUUCCGCUUCUAUAAAUUCAGCUAUUGCAAUGCUGCGUGACAGAGAGCCUGGAAGUUUUGUAAUUCGCAACAGCACAUCCUUCAUCAAUAGCUAUGGUCUGGCUCUCAAGGUGGCUUAUCCCAUUUCCGGAAUUCAAACAAGAACAGAUGACCCUCAAAGUGAAUUGGUUCGCCAUUUCCUGAUUGAAACUGUACCUUCUGGCGGCGUGCAUCUGCGUGGCUUCGCCAAUGAGUCCGUCUACCCGAGCCUUUCUGCAUUCGUAUAUUCUCAUCUUUCACGGUCCGGAUCUCUGCCUUGUAACCUGGUGCUACCCACGAUAGUAAAUAGUCAUGGUUCCAGUGGCGCUUUUGGGUUUACACAUCAGCAACCAUUGCACACCAGAUCUCACUCUGCCCACAGCAGCCUGACGCCGAUCUCCGGCGGUGGUAUAGGUGAAUUGAAGAGCGCUUGCAAUAUUUUUAUUUUCCAUUCAUAA